AUGUCGGCCAACACAGGAUUAGAAGGCCCAUCGCUGCUCCUGGCACCGUCGGUCCGCACAGAAGUGGUGACCACGACGACCGUCACGACUACGACAUAUGCUCCCAUUACACUUCCUGCUUUGCCACCUCCUCCAGUACCAGCAGAUCCCAAGCAGUAUCCGCUUCUUACUGCGCGCCUUCCCCGGCGUCUGCAAGAAUUUAGCCUCGUUUUCCCGGAUGGUGCUCAAGCGACGUUUCGCAACGCUCCAGUCAUCCCCAGCCUGGCGUCACACGGAAAAGAUGCAAGCGGAGACAGUCCAAGUCGUGAUGACGCCGAUGCCGAUCAUGGCCAGGAGUCUGAAGAGCCUGUAGCGGGAAGUGGCUGGAAGAUGCUGAGAAAGGACGAGAUACCUCCUGGCGAGGAGGUCGAUAUUCUCACUGCCGUCGAACGUUUUAAUCGCCUGCGCAAACGAGACGACGCGAUGGAUGGCGUAGAGUUGGCCACGACGCCCUCUCGCCAUCAUCCAGCUACAGGCGUAGCAGUCGCGGCGCCAGGAGGUCACGGUACUGAUAAAAGGGUACAGAAUGGGCUGCGAGCUCAAAUAAAUCCAGACUUUGUUAAUAUGCGUGGUCCGUCUGGAUCGACGACUAGUGCAGCUGCCCCGCCUUCACCCUUACCAUCCCCAACAGGCUCUCCUGCACCAUUGUCAUUUUCCAGUCCUCGUCCUCAAUAUGCCUCACAUCAUCUCCCGACGCCAGCGAGCGCGCCUUUGAACCCAGCCGUCGAUCACUACUCGAGCCCACCCCCAUCGACGCAUUCUGCCUCGGUAUUGGACUCGAGAACGUCGUCAAUGAUAUCCACAACGAAUACAGAUGCCGCGCCACUCCAGCCCGAUAUCCAACUUACGACCCUCCUCACGCUGCCAUCUCUCCUUACGCAUUUUACGCUCCUUCCACCUAAUCUGCAGUCACACGUUCUCCUUACGCUCAUGCGACAGGCUCCGCUCCCUGUUCUCCGAAACAUUCAUUCGGUGCUCUCGCCUGCCAUGUCCCGCGACUUUCUUACUCAACUUCCUGCUGAACUGGUCUCUAUCAUCCUCAGUUUCCUUCCUGGGCGAACAUUGGCGCGGUGCACGCGGGUAUCAAAGGCGUGGAUGUCAAUCAUCGACUCGGAUCCCAUUCUAUGGCGUGAAUUGCUGAGAUCGAGCGGGAGUUGGUUUGGCGGCGGACCAGAGCGAGCAUUUGCCCGCACUCUAAUGAACCGCCGGUCCGUAAGGAGUGGAGUCAGACCAAACUAUGCGCACGGCCAUAGACGUCAACUUUUGUCCUCCCCUUCAGCAUCUUCCGCCAGCAGCUCUACUAUUUCAAACACACCAGCCAUCACGCCAUCACCCAGCCUCGAGCUUCCUCAUCCAUACAAGAUUCUAUUCAAAUCUCGUCAGCUCACUCGGACACAAUGGGCCCAGAACCAACAUCCGAAACAUGUUUCCUUUGCUGCACAUGGUUCUUCGGUGGUUACCUGCCUAUUAUUCUCGCAUAAUCGUAUCAUUUCGGCUUCUGACGACCAUUCUAUCCACGUCUACAACCCCCUUACCGGGCAACUCGUCAAGUCUCUCGAAGGGCAUGGUGGAGGCGUUUGGGCUCUGGCUGCGACCAAGGAUACGCUCGUGAGCGGCUCAACGGAUCGCACUGUGCGGAUCUGGGACUUGGAAAAGGGCAGAUGCACGCACGUGUUUGGUGGCCACAAGAGCACGGUACGGUGUCUGGCUAUCGUCAAACCAGAGCUACUCGACAUGACGGAGGACAAUGGCACCAAUGAUGCGGAUGAGGAGAACAACGUUGUGAGGCGGGAGAGAUGGCCGAAGAGGACUCUGAUCGUCACUGGGAGCCGAGAUCACACUCUUCGUGUUUGGAAGUUGCCAAAGGCGCAUGAGCCUCCCUUCUUCUUUAUGCAAGAGGAAGAGGGUCCGGACCAGGUGGAGGUUGCGGAUAAUAAUCCAUAUCAUGUUCGAUUGCUUAGUGGACAUGGAAGUGCGGUGAGAGCCCUCGCUGCCAGGGGGCGGACGCUUGUCUCUGGAAGUUAUGACCACACCGUCCGGGUUUGGGAUAUCAUUACCGGUGUCUGCAAAUGGGUUCUUUCAGGACACACGCAAAAGGAUGCUUAUCUAUCAUCCAGUGUACAGCAUUGUCCUAGACCACGCGCGGAAUCAAGCCUGUUCUGGAUCGAUGGACAGUUCCGUUCGCAUCUGGAGCCUGCUACAGGGCAAUGUGUCCAUGUACUUACUGGCCACACGUCUCUAGUUGGACUGCUCGGAUUAUCCCAUUCGUUCCUCGUCUCAGCCGCCGCCGAUUCGACUCUUAGGGUGUGGGAUCCAUCGACAGGUGAUCUCCUCCAUACUCUGGCUGCUCAUACCGGUGCAAUCACCUGCUUCCAGCACGACGAAUUUAAGAUCCUCAGUGGAUCCGAUGGAACUCUCAAGAUGUGGGAUAUUCGCGACGGGACCAAUGUGCGCGAUCUAUUGACGGGUAUCACUGGUGUCUGGCAAGUCGUCUUUGAUGGACGCUGGUGCGUUGCAGCUUCGAAUCGUCACGAUGCAACCUACCUCGACGUCUGGGAUUUUGGCGAAGGUGUUGUGGGAGACGGAGAAGAGGAAUGGGUCGGCGAGGGCAGUGUGGAUGGAGAAGAGGGAGAUAGUGAGGCCGAGGAAGACGUUGAUGUCGUACCGACCUAUGCGCGAGACAAUACUGCGAUGGAUCAGGACGACAAUGACGAUGAAGACGACGACGACGAUCAUGAGCACAUUGUGGAUAGCAGCGAUAACGGAAGGGACUCAAGUCCACGACCAGCAGAUGGAGAUGAAGAUAUGAUGGACCAUGAUGACCAAGAGGACGAUGAGGAUGAUCACCACGACGUCGACCACGAAAUUUCCAUCCAGAGCCACCGCAAGGCUCAGUUCACCUCGCCGCCGCCUCCUGGGUAUCCUGCUCCAGUCAUGGAAUACUCUCCAUCCCCAACUAGACGGAAUCCAUCGCGAGAGGGCACCUCCUCAAGAUCUAAAUUGAAAGAGGUUGUUGCCUCUAGUUCUAGCGGCGCGUCAGCUUCAAGGCAUGAAGGAGACGUGGCUGAUUGGGAGUUUGGAGAAGGUGCAACUGCGGCCACUGCAAGCGGCAGUUUGAGUGGGGGAACACCGAGAGAGUUUGCAGCCGGACUCUCGCCCGGUGGAGCCCUAUUCUCGCCGUCGUAUCACGGGUUCCCUGGUCCUAGCACAGGACCACUUGGCUUUGGGUCUGGUUUUGCCUCCAACCCGAAUCUGGCUGCCAGUUCUGGAUCGUUUGCGACGACACCAACAUCGGCAUUCGCAGCUGGUCCACUCGCCUUUGGCUCUGUAUCACCUGCUGGAGCAGGGCCGGCCACCUCGUCCAUCUUUGCCUCUGGUGGCGGUUCUUCGAGAGCAGCGGCGCGCUCAAGUCCAAGUGGAGAGGGCGGGGUGUCCCCGUCGAAUGGAUCUGCACCAGUGUCGACAGGAGCUGUUUCAUCGCUUGGAGGACUCAAUCUCAAUGUGACACCGACGGGGCCACCACGACACGGUAUCCCGCCACCUAUUGGACACUGGAGUGGCGGCUCUAGCUCAGCCUCGUCCGUCUCCUCUAGUCACGGCUUGGGAUCUGGUGCAGGAGGUGUGAUCGUUGGCCAUAGCGUGCGAUCAGGAGGGCCAGGAAGACCAGAGGAUACCCCAAGUAGACCGUCUCGCAUGAGGAGGAAAUAA